GUGGUUUACGACACAAUGAACGACGUACGGCAGGCUGCCAUGACAGCCAGGACCAGUGAGGGCAGAGUCAAGACCUCCACAUGAUUACUUUAUAAGAUCAAGAUAUACACUUACCAGACCAACACGUCGACGUUGGGUUGUCACCCCUCCCCUCACAUGGCCAACGCACUGAGAAGUGAAGUUAUUAGACUUUACAAAAACCUCCUGUAUCUUGGUCGGGACUACCCUGAAGGAUCGGCCUUUUUCCGACAGCGCCUUAAGUCGGCCUUCAUGAAGAACAAAGACGUGGCGGACCCGGAACAGAUCAGAAAACUUGUGGAGCGUGGGGAGUUUGUCAUCAAGGAGCUGGAGGCUCUCUACUUCCUCAAGAAAUACCGAGCCAUGAAGAAGAGGUAUUAUGAACCGGAAGAGUAAUUACGCAACAAUCAAGAAGCCACGAUCAUAGCUUUGAAUGUGAUCAAAACGAAAAUUUUACUGUCACACAUAGUUUGAAUUAUUUUAGUGCCAACAAAACAGCCGUCCAGCCAUAACAUCUCCACAGAUGUGUUGUCAUAUUUGUACA